CUCUUGUUCCACAAAAGAAAACCAUGCAAGCCCUUCCACUUCUCCCUCUGCCUCACACCUUCCCUGAAUUCACCGAACUCUCUUCUGUCUCCGGAAACUUGGAUCCCAAUUUCACUCUCACCAACUUCUGUCGCGAUCUCAGCUUCAGACUCAAAAUCGAUGACAGCGAUGAAAAACUCCAUCAACAAAAACCGCAAGAGGAAGACAAACACCAACAGCAACAGGAAUUUACUUUUCCGUGUGCUCAUCCUCCUCAAGGAUCGCUCCUUGCCGCCGACGAAAUCUUCCAUAACGGAAUGAUCCGAACAAUUUCCCCUGUUUCCUACCAAUCCAAGCUCUUCUCCGCCGCCGACGGCCACGGUGGCCAAGAGUUGCCGCUCCUUCCACCGCCGACGAAGAUCUUCGUGCCACAGAAGUGCGACGAUCUUCCCUGGCACGGCGAUUUGUAUCGUGAAACGACGACGUUGGAGAGAUGGCAGACGAAGUGCAAUUCCACGGGAUUCUCGAAGCUCUAUCGGUACCGGCGGGACGUUAAACAUAGGAGGAAUAGCGAAGGAAGAGGCGCGUUUGUUUUCCUGCCGGCGCCGGAAAAGGUUGAGAAGCAGAAGGAGGUGAAAAACGACGUGGUAAAGUGUGGGAAGCGCAAAACGGCACCGUCGUCUUGGGCACACGAGAAGCUUUACUUGAUGAAUAGGAAGAGGUCGGAGAAUAAUAAACGGCGGUCGUUUUUGCCUUACAAGAAACAGAUUUUUGGACUCUUCUCCAACAUGAACCUUCAUCCUUUCUGAAAUUGUAUGAUUCCAAUAUUGCAUGUCUUUUUGAGUUUGAGGCGUAUUACAAGUCCAGCAAAUCAAGCAUUAGAUACUCCUUCUCUUCACUUAGAUCUAUUCAAUUCUAAAAUAAUAAUAUUGGUUACUAUAAAUUAGAAUUGAAUUAGAUUUUUUUUUUUCAAUUCUAAUAAAAUGUAGGUGUUGGCUAAUUUGUUUUCCCAAUUUGGGAAAAUUUGUACGAUUAUGAUUAUUCUUGCAAUUUUUUAAAAUAUCUUAAUACUUACUCAGCAUCAUUGUGUGA